CACAAUGGUAGAAGCAGAUUGUCCCGGAAAGCUUUACAUUGGUGGCCUCAAUAGAGAAACCAAUGAAAAGAUGCUUAAAGCAGUAUUUGUGAAACAUGGUCCCAUAUCAGAAGUUCUUUUGAUAAAGGAUCGAACCAGCAAAUCCAGAGGUUUUGCAUUUAUUACUUUUGAGAACCCUGCAGAUGCUAAGAAUGCUGCCAAAGAUAUGAAUGGAAAGUCUUUGGAUGGAAAAGCAAUAAAAGUAGAACCAGCCAAGAAACCAUCAUUUCAAAGUGGUGGUAGGCGGAGACCACCACCUUCUUCAAGAAACAGAGGCCCUUCAGGAAUUCUGAGAUCUGCAAAAGGAAGUAGUAGAGGAAUAAGAGGACAGCUUCCCUCACAUGAAGGACACUUGGAUGAUGGUGGAUAUACUCUUGAUCUCAACAUGAGUUCUUCUAGGGGAGCCAUUCCAGUUAAAAGAGUUCCAUCUUCAAGAAGUGGAGGUCCUCUUCCUAAAAUAUCUGCUCUUUCUGCUAUGGCAAGAAGCAAUAGUUGGAUCGGGAGCCAAGGUCCCAUGUCACGUGGAAGAGAGAAUUAUGGAAGUCCUCCAUGCAGAGAGCCAACCUCUUCCUGGAGAAAUGACCAUAUGUCACGAAGAGAUGAUGGUUAUGCAACUAAGGAGAGAAAUCAUCCAGGUUCCCGAGAAACCAGGGAUUGUGCUCCACCAUCUAGAGGCUAUACAUACCGUGAUUAUGAUCGUUCUAGUCCGGAUGAACAUUCCUCUGGAGGAUAUAGAAAUCAUCCAGGUUCCCGAGAAACCAGGGAUUAUGCUCCACCACCUAAAGACUAUACAUACCCUGAUUAUGGUCGUUCUAGUCGGGAUGAACAUUCCUCUAGUGGAUAUAGAUUUCUUAAAUUGUUGAUUCUGACAUUAAAAAAAAGCUUUUUUUUUUUUUCUUUUUUUGCAAGUGAUCCUGAUGGCUACAGUGAGGCCUGUGGUAGAGAUCAUUCUGAAGGUCCAAGUGGAAGUUCUUAUAGAGAUGCAUUUCAGGGAUGUGGGACCUCUCAUGGUGCACCACCUGCACGAGGGCCUUGGAUGUCUUAUGGUGGAAGCACCUGCCAUGAUUAUAAUACACGAGAUGGAUAUGGCAGAAGUUGGGAGAGUUACUCAAGGAGCUGUGGUGAUUCUUAUUCUUGUGGUCGUGAGCACGCUGGCAGAAAAGACCAAAGGAAUCUGCCUUCUCUGGAUAGGUUGCUCCCUGUUCCUCGUGAAGCAUAUGGUAGCUCAAGUUAUGUUUCCUCUACAGUAGAUGGUGAAGAAAGUAGAUCUGAAAAAGGAGACUUAAGCAGAUAUUAAAGCAAGUAUUCAAAGUAAUAGUUAUUGCAUACCAAACCUUGUUUACACAUGGAAAAUUGAAAUGUUAUUUCUGCAUGUUACUACAAGAAACAUAUUGGUUUUGUGGAGAGAGGUAGAUACUAACUUCCUCCAUGAAUUUUUAGAGGUAUUCAAAGCAAAAGGAAUUUUUUUCAAAGUAAUUUCAUACUUGUUAAUGCUAUUUGAAAAGUGUUUAGAUGUAAUAUCUACCUUAAAAUUUUCAGAAUAAAAUU